GUCACUUCCUGGAGACUGGCUGAAUCCGGAAGCGAUCCCCCAGGACCGAGUUGCAGCUGAGGACCCCGGCGGCAGGGCCAGGUUCGGGACCAUGAGCUGGAUUCCUUUCAAGAUUGGGCAGCCCAAGAAACAGAUUGUCCCCAAAACAGUGGAAAGAGACUUUGAAAGGGAGUAUGGAAAACUCCAGCAGCUGGAGGAGCAGACCAGGCGGCUGCAGAAGGACGUGAAGAAGAGCGCGGACGCCGACCUGGCCAUGUCCAAGUCCGCUGUGAAGAUAUCCUUGGACUUGCUCUCCAAUCCCCUCUGCGAGCAAGACCAGGACUUUCUGAACAUGGUGACAGCCCUGGACACGGCCAUGAAGCGGAUGGAUGCCUUCAACCAGGAGAAGGUGAACCAGAUACAGAAGACUGUGAUUGAACCCUUAAAAAAGUUUGGCAGUGUCUUCCCGAGCCUCAACAUGGCGGUGAAACGGCGGGAGCAGGCCUUGCAGGACUACAGGAGGUUGCAGGCCAAGGUGGAGAAGUACGAGGAGAAGGAGAAGACAGGGCCGGUGCUGGCCAGACUCCACCAGGCCCGAGAAGAGCUUCGGCCCGUGCGGGAUGACUUUGAGGCCAAGAACAAGCAGCUCCUGUGUGAGAUGCCGCGGUUUUACAACAGCCGACUGGACUACUUCCAGCCCAGCUUUGAGUCCCUGAUCCGAGCACAGGUCGUGUACUACUCGGAAAUGCACAAGAUUUUCGGAGACCUGACCCAGCAGCUUGCCCAGCCUGGCUGUCCUGACGAGCAGCGGGAGCGGGAGAACGAGGCCAGACUGAGCGAGCUCAGAGCCCUCUCCAUCGUGGCCGAUGACUGAGCCCGGCCCUCAGAAGUCUCUGGAACACGAGUCGGCCUCUCUAGCCUACGCUUCACA